GUAAUAUCUUAUAUAUCCUAUAGGGCGACGAAAAAGUUGUCAUUAAUUCAUAAAAUAUUGUGUAUAAAAACAACACAUAACAUUGGAAAAUGUAUCGAACUGACAAACAAUUUAUGAAAAACCCGGCAACUGCCUCCCAACGGAUUUAUAUUGGUGGUCUCCCAACAACAGUGGUAGCAGAUGAUUUAGAACUCAAAUUCAGACAACAUGGUAGAAUAUUGGGAAUCGUUUUACAAAGAGGUUUUGCUUUUAUCCAGUUUGAAACAGAUGAAGAAGCACAAAAUGCAAUUCGAAUGGAGCAAGGAACAAUUAUUCAUGGCAAAAAAAUCAUUGUCAAACCUGCUCUACCUGACAGAAAUAGGGGUAAUUUGAAUACUUCCAAUCCUAACUCAAAACCUCAAGAAUCCCCCAACCAACAGAAGACAGCUCCUAAUAAUCAAAGUAUUGGAAAUGCAAAUACUACUGCUAAAAAGAUUGAGCCUGAAGAUCCUCCAAAAACAAAUCAGCCUCCUGAAGGAGAUGGUAAAUCACCUAGCUAUGAAGAACAAGAGUUAGAAAUGAUUGCUGAAAAAUUUCAAGAAUCAGAUAAGCAACAAGAGUUCCCACCUAAACCCCAAAGUAUUAUUUCAUCAGAAAAUUACGAUGAUGAGGAUUCUAGAGGCCAAAUGCGUAAAAGAGGAAUUAGGGGGAGAAGGGGUAAACCGUGGCAUGAUGAUAGAUUUCUACCUCAUCCACCACCAUUAGAUAGGGAUAGAUUUAUGGGUAAUGUUCCAUAUUGUCCUCCGGAAAGAUACCCUGAAUUUGAUAAGCCAUUGCCUAUGAUGGACAGGCCUGAAAGAAAUGAUUGUGAAAUCAUAGUAGUUUCAAAAAUGUUGACAGAAUAUGCAGAGUAUAUUGAAUCAAGAUUGAAAUCACUUGGACUUAUUGUUGACCUUUUAUUUCCAAACGAGGAUGUUCCAAUAGGUCGUGUACUAGCCAAUAUUUCAAGUCGAGGUUGUUUAUAUGCAAUACUUGUUAUGCCACAAAACAAAGAUAACCAGAGUUUAACAUUGAAUGUGUUACAUGGGAUUCCCCAGGAACAUAGGAAUAUGCCUGUAGAUGAUGCUCUUCUUUUUAUCACUAGAAAUUUUGAAGCAUAUAUGCGUGGUGAAAAAAUUAUAGCUGCAGAUAAUGAAUCUCAAAUGACAAUUUAUGACAAACAUCCCACUGCAAUACAAUUAUUAUUAAAUAUGCUUGCUGAAAAUAGAUUGCUGACCUCUGUUCAGUAUGACAAAGUCUUGAAAUACUUGGAAGAGAGAAGAGAAUUACAAGUACAGUUUGAAUUAAGUGAAGGUAUUGAUGUUGGUACUGGAAAUCAAGUGAAUAAACAAGCGGAAUUACAAAAUCGCAUAAUGAAUAUAUUGAACAAAUCAUCUGAUAAUACUAAAAUUGAAAGUGAGCAAGGUCCUCCUCCUACCUCUUCAACAUCUACCCCACUCCUAAAAGAUCCAACUGUUCAGAAAGCUUUAGACAGCUUACUUUCAGGGGAGAUGUUUAAGAAUAUUGCUACAUGAUAAGCUAUAAUGAUACUUAACCAUAAUUAAACUAGUGUAAUUCGAUAUUUAAAAUAGCACUUGACUUUUUAUGUUAAUCUAUUGAAAAUGUGAAUUUAUAUAUAAGUUUGUUUGCUCCACUAACCUGAAUUUGUAGAGUUCAGAAAUGUUAUGAAAUUUUUGGGAAACUUGAGUUCAAACUAUUAUUAAAGUGGGUUUAUGCAGAGUUUGUAAUACCUAAGAAAGAAACCAAUAUAAUUGGGAGACACAUAGGUCUGAGUUCUAGGAAAUUUGCAUAAAUCCCACAUCAGAGUAGUUAUAUAUUCUAACUCUACUAGUUUGCAAUUGAUCUAUAAAAAAACUAUUUAUAUAUUCAUAUCAAUUUUUAACAUAAAUUUGAUGUAAUUUAAUCAGACGAUUGAAGAAAAACCAAGACUAUAUUAGUGAUACUAUUUGAGAGUCAUCUUAAGUGCAGUUUCUGUUCGUAGGAACUUCUAUUCUAAGAUUUCACUCAAGUAGUAAUGAUUUUUGACGUCUUUUCCUACCCUUCAAAAAAUAUAUAUCAUAAAUUCAAUAGAAAUGCAAAUCAUUUUGAAUUUCAAUGUAGAUAUUUUAUUUCAACUCGAAUUAUACUGGUCAAGAAGGUAAAUAAAGAGCAUGGACAUCUACUAUAAUCAGUUUUUGUAUUCAUGAAUAAAGACAUACAUUCUAUAAUUGAG